CAUACAACACAUAUUCAGCCAUGUCAUACGGAAAGACUAUUAAGCUCAACGACGGUAACGUUAUCCCCCAGCUCGGCCUGGGAACUUGGCUCAGCAAGCCUGGAGAGGUCAAGAAUGCCGUCAUUGAAGCUGCAAAGAUUGGAUACAAGCACUUCGACCUUGCGAGAAUCUACUGCAAUCAAGAGGAAGUUGGAGCUGGUUUCGCCGAGGUCUUCAAGCAGGGUAUUGCCAAGCGUGAGGACCUCUUCAUCACCUCGAAGCUGUGGAACAAUGCCCACCAGCCUCACCUCGUCGAGAAGGCUUACGAGCACACCUUGAAGCAGCUCGGCCUCGACUAUUUGGACCUCUACCUGAUCCACUGGCCUGUGCCCUUCGUGCCCUCCAACGACGAUAUCGAGUCGGAUGAGAAGCUUAUGCCGCCCUCGCCGGAGAACAAGGACUUCAUCCACCUCGACCUCAAGACUACCCUUGCCCAGACAUGGAAGGCCAUGGUAGACCUGCAAAAGUCCGGCAAGGUCAAGUCUGUUGGUGUAUCAAACUUCCUGCCUUCGCACAUCGAGGGUAUCUCGCAGGCCACCGGCGUCGUGCCCGCUGUCAACCAGAUUGAGCGUCAUGCCCUCCUGUUCCAGUCGGACCUCGUAGAAUACUGCAAGUUCAAGGGCGUCCACCUCACGGCCUACUCGCCUUUGGGCAACUCGGCCAAUUACCUUGCUGGAAACUCCGACGCCAAGCUCUAUGACUUGGUCAACUGCGACGAGGUGCAGGAGGUGGCCAAGGAACACGGUGCCGAGCCCGGUCAGGUGCUGAUCGCCUGGGGUAUCCAGGACGGUCUCUCCUUGAUCCCAAAGAGCGUCACUCCAGCCAGGAUCAAGAAGAAUUUUGAGCAGAUUGAGCUCACGCCGGAGCAGUACAAGAAGGUCAGCAGCAGGAUCCGCACUUCAGGACACAAGAGGUUCAACAUCCCGUGGAACUACAGCCCGAAGUGGUCCAUCAAUGUCUUUGGAGAGACCAUUGAGGUGCAGCACGCUGAGCACCAGGUCAACAUUGCUUAGAUGCUCUAGACAUGUAUCAUAGAUUUAGAUCAAUGGAUGGAGCCCUGUAGAUGCUUUACGCCUUCUGAUAUCAUGGCUCACGACUAUCGCCCUGCUGGCAACGCAGCCAUGAAUCAUGCUAGUGUGAUUUCUCCGACCAUUGAUGCAAUCGCCCUACU